AUGGCACAUGGCCUCUCCUGCUUUUCCUUCACUCCUCUCUUGCCGUCCUGUCUCCUACCCCUCCUCCUCCCUCUUUCCUCUGCCUGCUUUUCCUGCAUUCCCCUCUUCCUCCCUCUUUCUGACCCCUCCCCCUCUCCUACCCUCGUAUUCUCUCCUACCCUCUCCCAUCCUCCCUCUCCCCUCAAGGCGCUCGGGCUGAACCCACGGGAGGCAACAGCGUUGGCCGCCAGGAGAAGGCAGCUGCUGCUGCGGCUGUGCCUCAAGGGAAAGAGAGUGCUGGUGGUCGACCACCACUUCAUCACUCUAUUCACGUCACCCUCUUCCCUCCGCCCUUUCCCUUCCCCUUGCCCCUCCUUCUUUAUCUUCCGUGAUUACCCUCUUCCUCCCUCUCUCCUGCCGUUUCCCUCCCUCUCUCCUGCCUUCUCCCCUCCCUCUCUCCUACCCCUCAAGGCGCUUGGGCUGAAUCCACGGGAGACAACAGCACUGGCCACCAGGAGAAGGCAGCUGCUGCUGCGGCUGUGCCUCAAGGGAAAGAGAGUCCUGGUGGUCGACCACCACUACAUCACACGCAAGGCGGCUGCUGAGCUGGUUUCGCACUUUGCUAACGUGGUGGUGGCGGUUGACAGCUCAGCGGAGGCCCUCUCGCGACUCACGCCGCUGCCGCACUCCUUCGAGCUCAUCCUCGUUAAUAUCCGACUCGCUGACAUGCCAGGCUUUGAGUUCACGGAGGAGGAGCUCGCGGUGAUCGAGGCGGAGGAAGUGGAGGAGGGCGACGACGGCGAGCAAGCUGGCGACGACGAAAUGAACGACGACGACGAGGAGGAGGAGGUUGAGCAAGCGGACGAGGACGACCCUCAUAAAGACGAGCCGCAUUUCAACGAGCGCAAGGAGAUAGCGAGGAAGGAGAGGGAGCGGCUGAGGGAGAUGAAGCGGAACAAGAAGAAGGAGCUGGAGGAGCUCGUCAAGAGGCAGAACGAAGCCGUGCAGGCUGAAACGGCCGACAAUGCUAAAGGGCGGCUCAAGUUCCUGUUGCAGCAGACGGAGAUAUUCCAACACUCUGCACAGCAGCACGACUCGCCUGCCGACAACGCCAAGGGGAGGCUCAAGUUCCUGCUGCAGCAGACGGAGAUAUUCCAGCACUUUGCACAGCAGCACGACUCGCCUGUGAAGCCCAAGGGCAAGGGCCGAGGCAAGGGGCGGGGUAGGGGGAGCUCGAAGCUGACAGAGGAGGAGGAGGACGAGGAGUAUUUGAAGGAGGAGGAAGAGGCGCUGGGGGAUGGAGGCAGCACCACCCGACUGCUCGUGCAACCCUCUUGCAUCCAGGGCAAGAUGAGGGACUACCAGCUGGCGGGCAUCCAGGGCAAGAUGAGGGACUACCAGCUGGCGGGUCUCAAUUGGAUGAUCCGGCUCUACGAGAAUGGCAUCAACGGCAUUCUGGCCGACGAAAUGGGCCUUGGCAAGACCCUUCAGUCCGUCUCUUUACUGGGGUACCUGCAGGAGUUGAAGGGCAUAUCAGGGCCGCACAUGGUGGUGGCACCCAAGCAAGACCCUCCAGUCCAUCUCGCUGCUGGGGUACCUGCAGGAGUUCAAGGGCAUAUCAGGGCCGCACAUGGUGGUGGCGCCCAAGUCCACGCUGGGCAACUGGAUCAAGGAGCUGCACCGCUUCUGCCCCGCCCUGCGCGCCUUCAAGUUCCACGGCACCCAGGACGAUUUGUGCGCGUGCUAGUGCCUCAUACUCCCCCUCCUCCCUCUCCUCCCCCCACUCUCUCCUCCCCUCCCUCUCCUCCCCCCACUCUCUCCUCCCCUCUCUCUCCUCCCGCCACUCUCUCCUCCCCUCUCUCCCCUCCUCCCACCUCUCUUCCCCCCAACCCUUCUACCCCAUCCCAGGGCCUGGGCAAGACCCUGCAGAGCAUAUCGCUGCUGGGGUACCUGCAGGAGUUCAAGGGCAUAUCAGGGCCGCACAUGGUGGUGGCGCCCAAGUCCACGCUGGGCAACUGGAUCAAGGAGCUGCACCGCUUCUGCCCCUCCCUGCGCGCCUUCAAGUUCCACGGCAACCAGGAGGAGCUGGCCGCACAUGGUGGUGGCGCCCAAGUCCACGCUGGGCAACUGGAUCAAGGAGCUGCACCGCUUCUACCCCUCCCUGCGCGCCUUCAAGUUCCACGGCAACCAGGAGGAGCUGGUCUGGGCAAGACCCUGCAGAGCAUAUCGCUGCUGGGGUACCUGCAGGAGUUCAAGGGCAUAUCAGGGCCGCACAUGGUGGUGGCGCCCAAGUCCACGCUGGGCAACUGGAUCAAGGAGCUGCACCGCUUCUGCCCCUCCCUGCGCGCCUUCAAGUUCCACGGCACCCAGGACGAGCGCGCCCACAUGCGCACCCACAUGCUCCAGCCGGGGAAGUUUGACGUGGUGGUAACCAGUUACGAGAUGGUGAUCAAGGAGAAGUCGGCGUUCCGGCGGCUGUCGUGGCGGUACAUUAUCAUCGACGAGGCGCACCGCAUCAAGAACGAGAAUUCGAUUUUGUCCAAGACCAUGCGCCUGUUCUCCUCCAACUACCGCCUGCUCAUCACUGGCACUCCGCUUCAGCCGGGGAAGUUUGACGUGGUGGUGACGAGCUACGAGAUGGUGAUCAAGGAGAAGACGGCGUUCCGGCGGCUGUCGUGGCGGUAUAUUAUCAUAGACGAGGCGCAUCGGAUCAAGAACGAGAACUCUAUUCUCUCCAAGACCAUGCGGCUGUUCUCAUCCAACUACCGCCUCCUCAUCACCGGGACUCCACUCCAGCCGGGGAAGUUUGACGUGGUGGUAACCAGUUACGAGAUGGUGAUCAAGGAGAAGUCGGCGUUCCGGCGGCUGUCGUGGCGGUACAUCAUCAUUGACGAGGCGCAACGCUUUAAGAAUGAAAACUCCAUUCUGUCAAAGACGAUGCGCCUCUUCUCCUCGAAUUACCGCCUGCUCAUCACCGGGACUCCCCUGCAGAACAAUCUUCACGAGCUCUGGGCACUCCUGAACUUUCUUCUGCCCGAGAUCUUCAGCUCAGCAGAGGCGUUUGACGAGUGGUUCCAGCUGUCAGACGGGGAGGACCAGCAGGAGGUGGUGCAGCAGCUGCACAAGGUGCUCCGCCCCUUCCUGCUCCGCCGGCUCAAAUCGGACGUGGAGAGAGGGCUCCCUCCCAAGAAGGAGACCAUUCUGAAGGUGGGCAUGAGUGAGGUGCAGCGCAACUACUACAGGGCGCUGCUGCAGAAGGACAUAGAGGUGGGCAUGAGUGAGGUGCAGCGCAACUACUACCGGGCGCUGCUGCAGAAGGACAUAAAGGUGCUCAACAGCGGGGGGGAGAGGUCUCGCCUGCUCAACAUUGCCAUGCAGCUGCGCAAGUGCUGCAACCACCCCUACCUCUUCCAGGGUGCCGAGCCCGGCCCGCCCUUCAUCACAGACGAGCACCUGAUAGAAGCUUCCGGGAAGAUGGUGCUGCUGGACCGGCUGCUCCCAAAGCUGAAGGCGCGGGACUCACGGGUGCUCAUCUUCUCCCAGAUGACGCGCCUGCUGGACAUUCUAGAAGAUUACUGCAUGUUUCGCGGGCACCAGUACUGCCGGAUCGACGGCAACACGGGGGGUGACGAGAGGGAGGCGGCGAUCGAGGAGUUUAAUAAAGAAGGAAGUGAGACGUUCAUCUUUCUGCUGUCUACUCGGGCGGGCGGGCUGGGGAUUAACCUCGCGACGGCUGACAUCGUGAUUAUCUACGACUCUGACUGGAACCCCCAAGCGGACCUGCAGGCCAUGGACCGAGCGCAUCGCAUCGGGCAGAAAAAGGAAGUGCAGGUCUUCCGCUUCUGCACUGAGCACACGAUAGAGGAGAAGGUGAUAGAGCGAGCGUACAAGAAGCUGGCUCUGGACGCUCUAAUCAUCCAGCAGGGCAGACUUGCAGAGCAGCGAGGUCUGAUAGAGCGCGCGUACAAGAAGCUGGCUCUGGACGCGCUGAUCAUCCAGCAGGGCAGGCUGGCAGAGCAGCGAGGUGUGAGGGAGCGGGCGUACCAGAAGCUGGCUCUGGAUGCGCUCAUCAUUCAGCAGGGCAGGCUGGCAGAGCAGCGAGGUAUGCCAAUCUUGAUCAAGCGAGCGUACCAGAAGCUGGCUCUGGACGCUCUGAUCAUCCAACAGGGCAGGCUGGCAGAGCAGCGAGGUAUGCCAAUCUUGAUCAAGCGAGCGUACCAGAAGCUGGCUCUGGACGCUCUGAUCAUCCAACAGGGCAGGCUGGCAGAGCAGCGAGCUGUGAACAAGGAUGAGCUGCUUCAAAUGGUGCGGUUUGGAGCAGAAAAAGUCUUCACAUCCACCAACACGACCAUCACCGCCUUUCCCUGUUUUCCCUCCACAACCCUCCCAGCUGUGAACAAGGACGAGCUGCUUCAAAUGGUGCACUUCGGAGCAGAAAAAGUCUUCACAUCCACCAACACGACAAUCACCGCCUUUCCCUGUUUUCCCUCCACAACCCUCCCAGCUGUGAACAAGGACGAGCUGCUUCAAAUGGUGCGGUUCGGAGCCGAAAAAGUCUUCACAUCCACCAACACGACAAUCACCGCCUUUCCCUUUUUUCCCUCCACAACCCUCCCAGUUGUGAACAAGGACGAGCUGCUUCAAAUGGUGCGGUUCGGAGCCGAAAAAGUCUUCACAUCCACCAACACGACAAUCACCGCCCUUCCCUGUUUUCCCUCCACAACCCUCCCAGCUGUGAACAAGGACGAGCUGCUUCAAAUGGUGCGGUUCGGAGCCGAAAAAGUCUUCACAUCCACCAACACGACAAUCACCGCCUUUCCCUUUUUUCCCUCCACAACCCUCCCAGCUGUGAACAAGGACGAGCUGCUUCAAAUGGUGCGGUUCGGAGCCGAAAAAGUCUUCACAUCCACCAACACGACAAUCACCGCCUUUCCCUGUUUUCCCUCCACAACCCUCCCAGCUGUGAACAAGGACGAGCUGCUUCAAAUGGUGCGGUUCGGAGCGGAAAAGGUCUUCACCUCCGCCAACACGACAAUCACCGAUGCUGACGUGGACAGGAUCAUCGCCAAGGGGGAGGAGGCGACCGCUGAGCUGGACGCCAAGAUGAGAAAGUUCACGGAAGAUGCGAUCAAGUUCAAAAUGGACGACACGGCGCUGUACAGUUUGGGCGAGGGCGAGAAGGAGGAGGAGAGGCCUGAUCUCAAGAAGCUGGUCACUGAGAACUGGGUGUGUGCGGGUAAGGAGGAGGAGAGGCCCGACCUCAAGAAGCUGGUCACUGAGAACUGGGUCGAGCCGUCAAGGAGAGAGCGCAAGAAGAACUACUCAGAAGCGGAGUACUACCGCCAGGCCAUGCGGAUGGGCCCUCCCUCUCAGCCCAAGUCAAAGGAGGCCCGCCUGCCAAAAAUGCCCGUGCUGCACGACUUCCAGUUCUUCAACACGGCUCGCCUCUCAGAGCUCUUUGACAAGGAGGCCAAGGCCAAGCUGCAAGCACUGGAACGGCAGGCAGCAAAGAAGGAGGCCAAGGAAGGGGGCGAACCGUUUGAGGAGGACGACGAGCAGCCAAUUCUUUCGCUAACAGACGAGGAGCAAGAGGAGAAACUGACCCUUCUCAAUCAGGGCUUUAAGUCAUGGACGCGCAAGGAUUUCAACCAGUUCCUGCGGCUGUGUGAGAAGUACGGGCGGGCGGACGUGGCAAGCAUUGCAGCCGAGAUGGAGGGGAAAACGGAGGCAGAGGUUCGAGAGUAUGCCGCGGUGUUCUGGGAGCGGUGCACCGAACUGAACGACUGGGACAAGAUCUUGCGCAACAUAGAGAAGGGCGAGGCGCGCAUCGUGCGGAGGGAGGAGAUAAUGCAGUCGGUGCGGCGCAAGAUGGAGCGGUACAGCAACCCCUGGGUGGAGCUGCGCAUUCAGUACGGCACCAACAAGGGCAAAUACUACACCGAGGAGAGCGACCGCUUCAUGAUCUGCAUGAUCCAACGGCUGGGAUACGGCAACUGGGACGAGCUCCGGGCAGCAGUGCGUCAAUCCCACCUGUUCAAAUUCGACUGGUUCUUGAAAUCAAGGCAGCCGCCUGAGCUGGCGCGGCGGUGCGACACUCUCAUCCGAUUGGUGGAGAAGGAGAAUCAGGAGCUGGAGGAGAAGGAGCGGCAGGCGAAGCGGGACAAGAAGAACAGCGCCAAGGCAUCUGGAACAAGCAGAGGAGGAGGCCAGGCAGCAGCAGCAGCAGCGGAGACUGUUGGCAGCGGAAGCAGGAAGAGGAAACAGUCAACUCUGGAGGCUUUUGUGCCUUUGUUGAUGAUCACGUUAUGUUCAACCUGUGCUUCAUGUGCAGAAAAAAAGGUAGCAUCGCAGAAUGGAGCGUGGGUGGUGGGUGGUGAGUCAUGGUGGUACAAUUGA